CAGGACGCAGCGAGCGGCGCCGGUCGUGGUGGUGGUGGUUCGGGGGAAAUGAGCCAACUCUCCGGAUAAAUGACCAAGUUUAAGAUGAGGGUGUUCCAGCGGUGGCUGCUGUUUGUCCUCUUCAUACCUCUGUCGAGUGUUGUGUGUUUCAGUGAGUUGUCCUUCAUCACAGAGCCCAGUGAUGUUACUGCACUACCAAAGGACCCCGCUGUCUUGGACUGUCAGGCCCACGGGCAGCCGCCGGUCACCAUCAGGUGGCUGAAGAACGGAGUACGGCUGGCCGAAAGCGAGCACAUACAGUUUCUGCCUAACGGCUCCCUGUACAUACCAAAGAUUAAGCAUACCAAGGAGGAUUCAGAUGAAGGAUUCUACCAGUGCCUCUCACAGAACAAAUAUGGAGCUAUCCUAAGCCAAAGAUCACGUCUGACUAUCGCAAGUAUCUCAAAGUUUCUGUUGCAUCCCGUGCCUGUGGUGGUGACUGAGGGGUCAGUGGCACGUUUCUCCUGUGCAGUCCCCUCCAGCCCUCCUGCCACCAUCACGUGGGAGCUCAACCAAAGCACAUUACCACUUCAGACAGACAGAAUUACGGUUCUGCCCAAUGGAGUUCUUCAAAUUCACAAUGUUCAGCUGGAAGAUGUUGGACAGUACCGAUGUGUGGCAACGAACAUCGGCAGCCGUUUGAAGAGUAGAGAAGCCACGCUGACGGUCAACCAGGGUGCAGGUCCUAAACCCCGUCAGAGGCCCCAAAUCAUUGCUGGACCUCAGAACGUCACUAUUCCUCUUCACAAAACUGUGGUGCUGGAGUGUGUGGCCACGGGGAACCCCUGGCCCAUCAUCUCCUGGAGCCGGGCCGACAGUAAACCAAUCGAUGUGUACAAUGCCAAAGUUCUGGGCAACGGGAACCUGGUUAUUACUGAUGCCAGCUCCAAGCACAGUGGAGUCUACCUCUGCAGGGCCACCACUCCUGGAACCCGCAACUACACUAUUGCUGCAGCCAACAUCACAGUUCUAGAACCGCCAUCCAUUGUCGAGAGGCCUGAGAGCCAAACCCGUCCAAGAGCCGGCACUGCCAGGUUUAUGUGCCAAGCGGAGGGAGUGCCCCCGCCACGCAUCAGCUGGCUAAAAAACGGAGAACAGGUUCACUUAAAUGGGAGGAUCAAAAUGUAUAACAGUAAAUUGGUGAUCACCCAGAUCAUCCCCGAGGAUGACGCCAUCUAUCAGUGCUUGGCAGAGAGUGAGCAGGGCUCUGUGCUGUCCUUGGCUCGCCUUAUCGUUGUCAUGUCCGAGGACCGGCCCAGUGCACCGAGAAAUAUCCACGCAGAGACAAUCUCAAGCUCUGCUAUCUUACUGGCCUGGGAGAGGCCGCUCUACAACGCGGACAAAGUCAUUGCCUACUCCAUCCACUACAUGAAGGCUGAAGGGCUGAACAACGAAGAAUACCAAGUUGUCAUCGGCAAUGACACGACCAGUUAUAUCAUCGAUGACCUUGAGCCUGCUCGAAACUACAGCUUUUACAUCGUGGCCUAUAUGCCAAUGGGAGCCAGUCGUAUGUCAGACCAAGUCAGUCAACACACCCUGGAGGAUGUGCCUUUGCGUACCCCGGAGCUAACUCUGACCAGCCACAGCUCCACAGACAUCCAGGUGAGCUGGCAGCUGCUGCCAGCCAAGCUGAGCCGUGGUCAGGUGUCCGCAUACAGACUCUCCUAUCGCACAGCUUCAGACACCACUGUCACCUCUGUGGAGCUACCUCAGAACAGCACCGAACAUCUCCUGGAGAGCCUGCAGCCCGACACCAUCUACUUGCUCCGUAUGGCUGCAGCCACCCGCGUUGGCUGGUGUGAGCCUUCAGCCUGGACAUCGCAUCAUAUACCUAAAGCCUCCAGCAACAAAGUGCCUUCAGCCCCUGUUCUUCAACUUGAGCCGCUUAACUGCACCUGCAUUGUGGCACGCUGGCAAACCUCCACCGAAUCUGUGGCUGUCCAGGGUUACCGGCUGUGUUACCAUGAGGAAGGUCAACCGGAGCAGCCCCACAUCCAGCUGCAGGCUCAAACCAACACGUACACCAUCAGUGGCCUUGAUCCAAGGAGAAAGUAUCAUGUCAAGAUUCUGGCUGUCAGCCAAGCUGGAGAUGGUUAUCAGACAGACCAAACAGUUAGUACUCCAGGAUGUGUGUCGGCGAGAGAACAACCGACAGCAUCCCCGCCACCUCCAGAUCACGUGAUCGUCUUGGCCAAAAAUUCAUCUGCAGUGUCCCUGCGCUGGAGCCGUCCUGCUUUCACCUCUGGAAAGGCUGUUAGCUACACAGUCCGCUGUACACCUGUGGGCACCCACAAUGCCUCUGCCAUACGCUACAUACAAAUAACCAAACAGAGCGUGAUGGUUCAGAAUCUGGUUGCAAACACUCGCUAUGAGUUUGUUGUGCGUCUCCAUGUGGACCAGAUGUCGAGUCCCUGGAGUUCGCUUGUUUACCAUCGAACGCUGCCAGCAGCGCCCAGCCAACCACCUGGAGGAUUGCGAGUGACUCUGAUCGAAGAAGACACAGCUCUGGUGUCCUGGAGGGAGCCCACGGAGCCCAACAUGGUGGUUACACAGUACACCAUCCUGUACGCCUCCCAGCAAGCCUGGAUGGCCGGACACUGGCAAAUACUGCAGAGGGAGGGAACCCACACGAUGGCCCUGCUGGAGAAACUGGAGCCGGGGAACGUCUACCUGGUUAAGAUCUCCGCCUCCAACCAGAUCGGUGAAGGGCCUUUCUCGAACAUUGUGGAACUGGUGUUGAAACGGGGAAUUAACCAGCGCAGCAAGAACCCCAGAAACUCAGACAACUUCCCAGACACAGAAGAGUCCUCCGAUGGUCACUACAACUUAGACCAGAGGUCCAUGACGGGGAUCAUUGUUGGUGUGAGCAUCGCCUUGGCCUGUAUUGUUAUGUGUGCCUUGAUCCUCCUCAGCAAGGGCCGACCCAGAAAAUCCUCCAGUCACAAAGUCAUUGCUGUGGGAGCUGGUGAAGAUCCACGUGCUGGUAGGUCCCUGCCCAGCGAACGCCAUACAGACAAUGUGGAGGCUCAUAUUCCCAUGAUCAGUGGUCACUUUUUAGAUCCCAGGGAUGGCUCUAGCAUGGUCAUAAAUGGUGCUGGUCCAGCCAGCAACAAGAAUCAAAGUAAUAGGUGGCUGAUCUUCCAGAGGGAGAUCAGAAAUCAAGCUGAAAGUGACGCGGAGAGCAGGGCCAGCUUGUACGAGGCUGGCAAAACUGUUCUGAGGUACGAUGGGGAUUUAAUCUCAGGGCCCCUGUCGCCUUCCUCGCGGGAGAUCAUCUACGGACCGUUUCACACGGAGAGCUCUCACACCAGCGAGGGCAGCCAAGAGACGGGCGACUCUGGACACUACUCCAACGAAGAGAGCAACGAGGAGAUGAGCAACCCCUCGACGAGUCAGAGCUCCAGACCGGAAUCUUUUGGACCAAAUGACGAGGACGCUGUCACUGAGCUGACGCAGUCUUUUCAAGUGGAAAAUGAGAAGAAGCUGAGUCCCCUUCAUCACUCCGCCCCGGAUGCUUCGCGGCUCUGCUGCACCUUGGAGGGCUCUCACGUCGCCCUGCACGCUUCCCAAGCGGCCGAAUCGUGACAUCGCCCGGGCCCGCGUCCAUCUCCGCUCUCCUGCAGCUGGAACGACACCACUUCUACCUCGUUGGCCUCCUCACUCGAGGCCCUUCUCCUGAUGCGCACGGGAUCCGCAAGUCGGCUGCUGCGACGGAGUGGAGAUGUGCUUUUGCUUCGAACCUACCUCAGGAGUUUGUAUGAAUGUUUGUUAUAACGUUUUUAUUUCCAGUUUCUUUUAUACAACUUUCUACCUGUUUGCCUGUGUUUGGUGGUGUCUGUCCCAAACCAAAGCUCACCCAUGAUGAAUGUUAAAAAGAAUGUCAGAAAUGUACUGUGAUACAUUUUCAUUAUAUUUAAUUUACUUACCACUGGAGUGAAGGGCACAGUUGGGCCCUGCUGACUGAUUAUCUACCUCAGUGUUCUGUUCUUGUACAUACAUUACUACCUCCUUUUCACCACAUGUUAUGCAGUAUUAUCUCAAUCUCAGGGGACAAGGUGAAAACAUUUCAUUGCCAUGUCUUGCUACCUCUGUUGGGAGGUUAUUAUCUCAAGGUUGUUUUUUUUCAUUUCAAAUUCUUUUAUUUUCAUGGUUGGAAGAGCUUUUGUUUCACAUUGUUUGUCUUUGAAUGGUGUAUGCUGUGAAAACAACAAGUGCAUUAGAUUUUGUCAAACUAUUCGAGCUUUAUCACACUGUAACGUUUGACACUUUCAAUGCACUGAACUCAAAGCUUUAAAAAUGGCCUUAAUAUCGAAAAAGGGCUUUGCAUACUAUAAAUACUGAGAUCCAAAGAUGGGAAAGAAAUAUUGUACCCAAAGAGUUUUUGAUGAUACCAUAGAUAUUCUAAGGCAACCAAAAAAUAUAGAGGAUGUAUAUUAAGGGUGCGUUUGCCAAAGUGCUGUUUCUUGCCAAUGAUGUAAAUUUCCCAUAGAGUGGUUGUUUGAAUGCAUUACUCAGUGUAAAUUUACUCGAUGCUUUAUUCUGGUGAAAGCUUUAGCACAAGACCCCCCCCGGGCUUGUGUUCCAUUUGCCUUUGAGACCAUUGCUAAAUGCAGCGGUGAUGCCGGUGCUAUUAUCCAAAGAGUUGUCUGCUUCCUCAGAUGGGUGUUGCUUUUAAUUCAGUUGAUCCUUGGGUGUGAUUGGGUGGAAUUUAUUCACAGACCAAAGAUCCAGCGUUUCCUACCAGUGAUAGAUGACGAUAUUUAUUAUUGGGUUAGAGAAUCGUCUUUCACCGUUCAUUAAAACUGUACGGGGAAGAACUCAUCUCCCCUGUGAUAUUUCUUGUCCAGGUGUGACAAUGAAGGAUUCUGACUAUCAUAAAAGAAAACCCAAUGUGUGAAGAGCAACAUAAUCAUUUUUUAUAUCUUUGUAAAACAAAUAAUCCUAACCAAAGAAAACUUGAAGUCUCUGUUAUUUAGUGAUUUUCUUUGGUUUUCAUUUACAUUAUUUGAAUUUAAAUGUGAUCGAUAUCCAAUGGUUUCGAUUGGUAGAAAGGCCUUUUCCUUAGUCCUUUUCUUUUAAAAGCUUGAGAUGUCGAAAUGGUUCUGUUGUCUUUUUAUUACCACAAGAUUUCACCUUGAUGCUACUUAUCUUACAUUGGACAUUUUUAAAUUUAGAUGACCUUUUUACCAUGAUGUUGUAAACGAAAACAUUUCCCAAUUUUAAUGUGACUUUUUUCUAAAUUUAUUAGGCAGGCUUUCAGUUCAAUGUUUGUUGCUAUUCAGAAAAAAGUGUUUUCAUUUUUAAAGCCACAGGUAAAAUUUGCUGACUCAACUCAGGUGCCAAAUGUAGAUUUAGAGUGUAGAUUUUAACUGUUAUUAUUUAAGUUAUGGUUUUUUAAUAUUUCUGCUUUUGAAUACCAAAAUACAUCAUUUAAUUAAAAGCGAGCAACAAAGCAAAUUA